CCCCCUUUCAAAAAAUAACUCACUGUCAUCAUCAUUUGGGGAAAACGGCUUUGCCUGAACGGGACUAAUUAUUUAAAAUUGGAGGAGGAGUGAUUCCAAUCGAACGAGAUCAAACGACCGACAGAAUUACGACAGGGCCCGCUGGACACUGUGCACCCUUGGGCCUGUCUGUCAAGUAGACAUGUUUCAAACUGUCCCUGACACGUCGUCUUACGUCAAGGAGGCGCUAUCAGUGGUGAGUGAAGACCAGUCCUUAUUUGAGCCUCCAUACGCUGCUGCUGCCCCUCUCCCCAAGACAGACAUGACUGCAUCUGGCACACAGGACUACGGCCAGACCCACAAAAUCAACCCCUUACCCCCACAGCAGGAGUGGAUCAACCAGCCAGUGCGGGUCAACGUCAAGAGAGAAUAUGAGCACAUGAAUGGAUCCAGCAGGGAGUCUCCGGUGGACUGCAGUGUGGGUAAAUGCAAUAAGCUGGUGGGGGGUAACGACACAUCUCAGAUGAACUAUGGAAACUACAUGGAUGAGAAGAACGCCCCUCCCCCCAAUAUGACCACCAAUGAGCGUAGAGUCAUUGUACCUGCAGACCCGUCGUUGUGGUCCCAAGACCAUGUGCGCCAGUGGCUAGAGUGGGCCAUCAAGGAGUACGGCCUGUUAGAAAUCGACACGGCCAUGUUUCAGAACACAGACGGCAAAGAGCUCUGCAAGAUGAGCAAGGACGACUUCCUCCGGCUCACCACCAUGUACAAUGCUGAAGUGCUUCUCUCUCAUCUCAAUUACCUCAGGGAAAGUAGUUCAUCAUUAUCCUACAAUACACCAUCUCACACAGACCCAUCCCCACGCCUGGCUACCAAAGAGGACCCUUCAUAUGAUGCUGUACGGCGGACAGGAUGGUCAAACAAUAUGCACAGUGGCAAAGGCUCACCGGUGGUUACUCAGAAUGUGACCAAGUCCGCUGAGCAGCCCAGAGCUCAGCCAGAUCCUUACCAGAUUCUGGGUCCCACCAGCAGUCGCCUAGCCAAUCCAGGCUCAGGUCAAAUUCAGCUGUGGCAGUUCCUCCUGGAGCUCCUGUCUGACAGCGCCAACGCUGGCUGCAUCACCUGGGAGGGCACCAACGGAGAGUUCAAGAUGACAGACCCUGACGAGGUGGCGCGGCGCUGGGGCGAGCGUAAGAGCAAGCCCAACAUGAACUACGACAAGCUGAGCCGUGCGCUGCGCUACUAUUAUGACAAAAAUAUCAUGACCAAGGUGCACGGCAAGCGCUACGCCUACAAGUUCGACUUCCAUGGCAUUGCUCAGGCGCUGCAGCCGCACCCCACCGAGUCCUCCAUGUAUAAGUACCCCUCGGACCUAGCCUAUGUGCCUUCCUACCAUGCCCACCAGCAGAAGGUCAACUUUGUAUCCCCACACCCUCCAUCCAUGCCUGUCACCUCUUCCAACUUCUUUGGACCCACUGCUCCGUACUGGAGCUCGCCCACUGCAGGCAUCUACCCCAACCCAAAUGUUCCCCGCCACCCUAACACCCAUGUGCCUUCCCACUUGGGCAGUUACUAUUAAAACAGCCCUUUCUGUCCACUCACCACCCUCUGAAACCUCUGCUUUCCCCACAACAAAGUCCACAAUUGCUGACCUGCACUCCCAGUGACGCCAAGCCGAUGAAAACUGAAUUGAUAGAGGCAUUUGUCCUCUGAAGAAAUUAUGCUCCUAAAUGAAGGAAUGAUCAAAUUGAAGGAGUUUUUUUUAAUGUAAGAAUUUAUAAACAACUGGAUGCUAUGCUCCAAAAUGGAAUACUACUUAUCUUUACAAGACUAGCAACUGUUUGUUUAUGUUUUUUUUUUUGGACAUGCGUCUGAGAUUCCUGUGCCUUUGUUUCCCAUCCUCCUGAAAAGCUGCACCAACUGUUAUCCUUCCCAAAACCUUCCCAAACCAAAGCCUGGGGACAGGAGAAACAACCUGAGUCUGUCUGCCUCCUCACCCUGCUACAGAACCAGACAUGGGCCCAUUAUUUAUGGGUCUCAAUCUACAUGCUCCUCAGUAAAUGAUGUACAUUAUGCUUUAAAGCAUCUGCCUUUUCCGCUCGUCUACAGCCUUGUUGGGGGUUUCUUGUUCCCACCACAUCUACCCUUGUUUCCCCUGUCUCCGUCUACACGUCUGUCCAUCUGCAUCUUUUUAUGUGUGUGUGGAGAGUCUUCUGGAAUUCGCUGGAUAAGAAGGAGCUCUCAAAGAGAUGGACUUUUCUCAGCACUGAAUGAAAUUUGGCAACUGGAAUAUUCCAUUCACAAUUUUAAUUUAUCCUCCAAACUGGAAGGCUAGAGAAGAGUUAAAUGCCAGAGAAGGAAGCGCUGUAUGUUUUGCUGACCUGGGUCAACUCAGUUACUUAAAAUGCUUUCUGUGUGCUGUGUGUGGAGUUCAAGAUGGGCGAUGUGUACAGUUGACUUGUUUGUGCUGGGGAAGCUGAGUCGAGAUGUAAUUGAAGUAAUUUGCAACAAUAAUUCAACCCAGGUCGGAUGUUUUCAGGGGGCCACACACUAGGCUAUUAAAUGUUUGCCAUGUUGUUGCCUUUCAGCCAUGCCAUUUCCAGAUGUUUUGUUGCUCGACCAUGUCAGUAUUAAUGUGAAUGUCUUCUGGUUUGUGAAACGCGUAAAAGGGAUACCCUGCAGCAAAAUCAAAAUUUGUCAGAUGUUUUCAUUUUGUAAAAAAAAAGGCAACAAAAAAAUGUAAUGAAGAAAUGAAUUCCUCUACACUUAAGAUCAUGAUUGCUGCACCUAACUCUAAAAUAUGAGAGUGCAUUUUUGCAGAUGUGAUCAUGUAGAUGUUAUCUACAUAACAAAGCUCAAGUCUAUAUGUUAAUAUGUGGAUAUUUUUGUUUGUUUAUUUGUUUUAUUCCAAAGUACUUUAAAGUGCCAUGAGCGCAUCUAAACCCUGACCCUCGAAGUGUUAAUGCCAUGCCUUAACUGCUGUUUUCUACCAUAUAUUUUCUAUUCAUUAAAGAUAAAACAGCAUUACAUCUUAAACUGGCAUUGUGAGAUACAUAAAUCAUUUCCAUUCCUGACCAGAAAUCUGACAAUUUUUGAUUUUGAAGUGCACUCUGACAAUAAAGGCUGCCACGGUGUCUCCUUCCUCUAUGUAGGCCAGUCAGGACCAGUAUAGGUCAGCACAGAGAAGUGGCUUAGCAGUAAGUCAUGUUAAUAGACAGUCAAGUUGCAUUUUUACCAGGGCUGGAUCCUAGUUUGAGAGCAGCAUGUGUGUUUGAAUGUUAGUUUCUCACUGAUCUAGAGCCCAGCAAAAUGCACAUGAAUCUCAAUUCAGGAUUUCAACAUCAGUAUGUAACAGUAUCAUGUCAAAACAUAUCCAUCUUCAGGUGUUCAAAGCUGUUAAUAGCAGAAGUAUUCCUUUAGAGUAACUGAAAAUGGACACUUGAAAAUAAAUUACUUGGGACUAAGUAGUUUAUCAGAGAACAAAACCAAUAAAGUAUGACGAGAUGAAACAAAGAAAUCCUCAGAUUCGCAAACGCUGUGCGUUUGUCAGACCUAUUUUUUAUUAUUUUAUAAGCAUCAGUCAACUAGGCAUUAAAGCAACUUACUGUAUAAAUUAUGCAGAGUUAUUUUCAUAUGUGACACAGUAUAAAAAAAAAGUCAAGAGAAUUAAUACGAGUUGACCUCGGUCAAAAAUGCAAACCUUUUAAGUCCAUUUCUGCUAAGUAGUUUGUUCAGCAUUUAAGCGUUUUUAUAUCUGUACAUUUGGGCAAUACAUUUUAACAUUUUUGUUUUCUUGUUCUUGUUAUUGUUUCUGGAAUUUCCAUUGUAACAUCCUAAAGGCCUUUAAGUGCACAAGAUAUUUUCUUGUAUUCCCCAAACCAUAAAUGCCUGCUUGAAUCAUAAUCCAAUAGCCAGGGAUUCCUUUGCUCUGUAUGCAACAUGUGAUUAAGAUGGUUUGUCUCCAUUUUGAAUCACUUUUUAUGCCAUAGCCCUAGGAUUGGUAGCUUUUCCUGUGCAUUAAAGAAUUUCAGGUAUUUUAUGCAAAAUAAUACCAACAGUAUUAAUAUCCACAGCCAGCUUCUCCUGAAGAUUUAUAGCUUUAAAAGAACAAAUAAAAAAAAAGGGAACAUGUAAUUUGUAGCAUUAAGAAAUUAUUGUAAUGUACCCUUAACUUCCAUGUUUCGCAAGCAUUAUCAAUGAAAAGGGAUCUGUGCUACUUCGUAUAUGCAAUGUAUUUUGGAUAUCAAAUAUAUAUAAAUAUAUAUAUGUGUGCGUGCGUGUGUGUGUGAGUGUGUGUAAUUUUACAAUUAACCAAUGUAUUAUUAUUAUUAUUGUCAUUCCUGAAAUGUAUGAAUACCUUUUGGAAAAAGGCUUUUGUAUAGGAAAAUGUGACAAAAUAAAUGUUUUUACCUCUCA